AUGACGGAGGAUUACCAGGCUGAAUUUGAAUGCCUAAUGAACAAAGUGACAUCGAUUAGCGGACCUGUGUUGAUUUCGGUGUUCAUAGCUGGCCUAAAAGCUGAUAUUCAACGUGAGUUGCUUAUUUCCAUGCCCAAAACAUUGGUGGAAGCUUUUGCACUAGCGAGGGUUUAUGAAUCGAGGUACGCAGAGGCUACACCCAAGUACCGGGUAGCGAACCGAUGGGGUGGUAUUACAAACACAACACUUGAUUCGGGGGGCACAAGAAACACACAAGCUGGAACACCAACCAUAACAGGUAAAGUGGCUGGGAUCACAACCCAGAUUCGAAGUGAUAGUGUUCAGGUGGUGAAAGGGUCCAAAGGGUCCAUUCCAGUCAAGAAUAUUAGUCGGGCUGAGAUGAAGGAGCGACGACUCAAGGGCUUGUGCUAUAAUUGUGAUGAUAAGUGGUCUCCGUCCCAUAAAUGCGCUAAUUUGUUCUUGAUAUACGUAGGAUCAGAUGAGGACUUGGAAGAAAUUCCCGAGCCUUUAGAAGAGGAAGAGUUGACUAUCCAAGGCGAUGCUUCUAGUCUCAAUGCAUUAGCGGGCUCGGAUAGGCCUCGAUCGUUGCGAGUAUGGGGAAGAAUUAACGAGAAGCGUGUCCACGUGUUGAUAGACAGCGGGAGUACACAUAACUUCAUUCGGCCUGAAGUUGCAGAACGCUUGAGGUUACCGGUGGAACCUAUAGCACCUUUUAAGGUUUAUGUGGGGAGUGGCGACUCACUAGUUUGCCGAAAUCGAAGUCUAGAGUUAGCUCUAGAGAUGCAGGGGACGAGUUUCGAAGUCCCACUUUAUGUAUUACCUAUUCAAGGGCCCGAAAUUGUCCUGGGGAUGCCAUGGCUUCGUGAAUUAAGAAGGGUUGUUCAUGACUAUAAACAAUUAACCAUGGAAUUUGAAUGGAACG